AUGCCCUCUCCACAUCAGUCCACCUCACUCGAUGAGGUUCGUGAUGUGAGUAAAAACAGAAAACGCAAACGCUCUCCAACUCCAUCCGAACUGGAAACGAAAAGUUCUGGUGCUCAAAAAGAACCGCCUCGUAAUGAACCCAAUAAAACAACUGCUGCAGAAGUUCUUAAUAUUUAUGGCAAAACUGGUGGAGCUUACAUUCCUCCGGCUCGCUUACGACAGAUGCAAGCGCAAAUUACUGACAAGUCCUCCGAAGCUUAUCAACGCAUCGCAUGGGAAGCACUCAAAAAGUCGAUUCAUGGCUUCAUCAACAAGGUCAAUGUUUCUAACAUAUCAGACGUUGUUCGCCAACUGCUGUCGGAAAAUGUAGUUCGUGGCAGGGGACUCCUCGUACGCUCGUUGCUCACAGCCCAGUCGGCCUCACCCACUUUUACCCACGUGUUUGCUGCACUUGUUGCUGUAGUGAAUUCCAAGUUUCCUCAGGUUGGCGAGCUCGUGCUAAAAAGGCUUAUCAACGAAUUCCGCAAAGCAUUUCGGCGAAAUCAAAAGGACCGGUGUCUGUCCACGGCUCGGUUUCUUGCGCAUCUGGUCAAUCAGAAAGUUGUACAUGAACUGAUUGUUUUGGAACUACUCACCCUGUUACUCGAACAAACGACCGAUGAUAGUGUUGAAGUUGCUGUCGCGGUACUGAAAGAAUGCGGCGCCAUGCUCACGCGUCUCGUUCCGAAGGGAGUUCAUGGUGUGUUUGAACAUUUACGUCGUAUCUUGAACGAAGGCAACUGCGACAAACGCAUUUCUUACAUGCUGGAAGUCAUGUUCCAGAUUCGUCGUGAUGGCUGGAAAGACCACCCAAUUGUCCUACCCGACUUGGAACUUAUCGAAGAGGAUGACCAGAUAACACACACCACCUCGUUGUUGGAUCAAGUCGAUCCGGAGGAUAGCCUGAAUGUAUUCCGCUUCGAUCCGAACUAUGUUGAAAAUGAGGAAAAAUAUGCAAAGAUCAAAGCUUCAUUCUUCGAAUCGGAUGCCGAGUCAGAAGCCGGUUCGGGCGAUGAGGAGGCAGAUGAUUCGGAGUCUUCGGGUGAUGAGGAUGCAGAAGCUGAUGAGCGUGGUGCUCAAGGGGCUACUGCCGCUACCGGUGAAGGUCAGCAGACAAUCAUUGAUCAGACCGAAACAAACCUGGUUCAUCUACGUCGAACUAUCUAUCUGAUGCUCCAGAGCAGUCUGAGUGCAGAUGAAGCUGGGCAUCGGCUGCUUCAGCUAAAAAUCAAACCGGGAGAGGAGUACGAGGUCGCUUCCAUGGUUCUUGACUGUUGCGCUCAGACCCGAAGCUAUGAGAGUCGUUAUGGUCGUCUUGCCCAACGCCUUUGUCGAGUUAUGCUCACUUUCGGCAACCCGCCACCCACGUCUGGUGGUGGUCCGAAACCCAUCCCGGAAGAAGUGGGACCAGGUAGUCGCUACAAGUCCUCGUCGAACACUCGAGCAACUACUAAGUCUGCGGAAACCACAGAAACCACUCCAGCCGUCGAGGAUACAGGCCCCCCUAGAAGUUACGUAGCUGAGUUCGAACGUAUAUUCGCUGAACAGUAUGCUAUUAUUCACCGAUUGGAAACAGCUAAGUUGCGCAACGUCGCCCUAUUUUUUGCACAUCUACUUCACACGGACUCUAUAUCUUGGGGUGUUCUGGAAUGCGUGCGCCUAAAUGAGCGCGAUACGACAUCAUCUGGCCGCAUCUUUCUCAAACAUCUGUUCCUUGAACUGUGCUCAUUUAUGGGUUUAGCUAAGCUUCAAAACCGACUGCGAGACGAAACUUUGCAACCGUUUUUUGCUGGGCUUCUUCCUCGUGACAACCCGAAGGAUACUCGAUUUGCUAUCAAUUUUCUCACUACAAUCGGUUUGGGUGGUUUGACACUGGAUCUUCGCGAACAUUUACAAGCUUCACGUGAAGCAGCUUUGGCCAAACGCGAAGCUCAAGCGGCCAACUCCGAUGUGGAGUCACUAUCGGAAGAGGUUGAAGAUCAAGACGAAUCCUCCAGCUCGUCUUCAAAUUCCGAUUUAGAUAGAAAAAAGAAGGCUAAGAACCAUCACGCUGCUCGAAAACUAAAAGAAAAAUCCCCGACGGAGAACAGGGCAGUAGAGAAAAAGAAAAAUACCACCCAAUUCGCUCCGAAAGAAUCGACAAAAUCGGGUUCGAAGUUAAGAGAAAGACCUUUGGAUACGCCAUUUUUCAAUGAUAUUCGCAAUUCUCCACCGCAUUCUCGCGCGAAAGAUCGAGAUCUGAGUGCAGUCGAAAGGAAGCCAAAUAAUCCUAAUCCUGCUCAACCAAGAGAUCGACCUCUGAGCAAAUCGCCUGAAAUGAGUGUGCGUUCCAUGAUAACCGUCCCUAAGCAGCGACAGCGUAGUCCGUUCGAUCUGUCACCCAUUGAGAAAGAGGUUCCUUCUAGACACCAAGAUGAUCGGCGGCACCGGCGAGACUCUCCAAUCGGACGUAGUCCACCACGAGCUAACAAGUCCACCUCUAGGCGACAACGGUCAUCAAAGGAUCGCUCGCCUCAUCGAGUUGACACCCAUUCUACACGGAAGUCAUAUAAAGAUAGUACAGAUCAUCAUUCUCGACGUCGUCAGAGUCCCAAUGAACCUUUCUACUCCAAUUCACCACGUGAUCACACUUCAAGAUCUCAUCGUUCCCCGGAUCGAUCAAAUAAGCGCGACAAGGAGAAGAAAGAACGUCAUAGCUCUCGCUCCCCAAGGGCAAGAAGCCCUUUUUCGCAUCAUUCUUCGAAAGAUAGACUCCGUCCCAUACCGUCAUAA